CCACAAUGCAUCACAAACUAAAUAUCGUCUCCCUUGGUUACAGCUUUGGGAGCUACGCCCCACAGAAGAAGGAGAAGUGGGAGGUUAGUCCCUGAAAGAGCUCAUUGUAGGGAGGGAUGAGUUCAUGUGAGUGUGUGUGAGGAAGGAAGGACCCCCUCCCCUGUCACAGGCUGAUCAGCAGAGCAGGGAUUAGGAAGAGCAGCCCCGAUCACUCACACACAGGAGCACAGACGCCAGUCCAAUAAGCGUGAAUCAUGACCGCCGUCAUUAUUACACACUGGGAGUGGAGUCGGAAUUGUGCAAGAUACGGAUAACAGCGUGUGGACCCAGCCAAGUUUCCACACAUCUCCGCGAUCCUGCCGUGAAAAUGCCCCACCGGGGGCUCUGCUGCUGCCGCCGCCGCUGCCCGGACCAAACGCUCCAUUCUCCCGCUGCGACGGCUGCUGCCUCCUCCUCCUCCUCCACCGCCUCUUCCUUCUUCUCCACAUGUGCUUCAUGUUGAAGAAGUUAAAUAAAAAACCAAAAAAAAAAUCCAGCGAGGGCAACCGAUCUCAACUAGAGACAUCUGAGCGGAUAUUUUGACUCUUUUUUUUUUUUUUUUUUGCGGAGGCGUUGCACGAGUGGACGUGGUUGUUUUGCUGAAAGCGAGGAAAAGUUGGUACUUGUUGGUCAAACAGUCAACAUGGGGAACGCAGGCAGCCUGGAGCAGCACACUGAUUUCAGAGGACACGGCAUGCCUCUGAAGCUGCCCAUGCCUGAUCCAGGGGAGCUGGAGGAGAGAUUUGCCAUCGUUUUGAAUUCCAUGAAUCUCCCUCCAGACAAAGCUCGACUUUUGCGGCAGUACGACAACGAGAAGAAGUGGGAGCUCAUCUGUGACCAGGAGAGGUUUCAAGUUAAAAACCCGCCACACACGUAUCUCCAAAAGCUGAGGAGUUAUCUGGACCCUGCAGUCACACGAAAGAAAUUCAGACGGAGGGUUCAGGAGUCCACCCAAGUCCUGAGAGAACUGGAAAUUUCAUUACGGACCAAUCAUAUAGGGUGGGUGAGAGAGUUCCUGAAUGAAGAGAAUAAAGGUCUCGACGUCCUGGUGGAGUAUCUUUCUUUUGCACAGUACGCUGUUACGUUUGAUGGAGACUGUCUGGAGAAUAAUCCAGAGGCUGGAAUAGAUAAGUCUAAGCCCUGGAGCCGCUCUAUAGAAGACCUGCACACAGGAGGAACCCUGCCGUCUCCCAUCACCGGGAACGGCAUCACUCGUGCCGGGCGACAUUCCACGUUACGCUGUAACACGCUGCCCAGCCGACGGACGCUGAAAAACUCCAGACUGGUCUGUAAAAAAGACGACGUCCACGUCUGCAUUAUGUGCCUGCUCCCUAUUAUGAACUACCAGUACGGCUUCAACAUGGUCAUGUCCCACCCACACGCUGUGAAUGAAAUUGCACUAAGUCUCAACAACAAAAAUCCCAGGACUAAAGCUCUGGUCCUGGAACUCCUGGCAGCGGUUUGUCUCGUGAGAGGAGGCCACGAAAUAAUUCUGUCGGCGUUCGACAACUUUAAGGAGGUUUGUGUGGAGGAGCAGCGGUUUGAGAAGCUGAUGGAGUAUUUUAAGAACGAGGACAACAACAUCGACUUCAUGGUGGCGUGCAUGCAGUUCAUCAAUAUUGUGGUACACUCAGUGGAGGACAUGAACUUCAGAGUUCACCUGCAGUAUGACUUCACCAAGCUCUGUCUGGACGACUACUUGGACAAACUUAAACACACGGAGAGCGAUAAGCUGCAGGUUCAGAUCCAGGCCUACUUAGAUAACGUCUUUGACGUAGGAGCUCUCCUGGAGGACGCAGAGACCAAAAAUGCUGCCCUGGAGCGGGUGGAGGAGCUGGAGGAGAACAUGUCUCAUAUGACGGAGAAGCUGCAGGACAUGGAGAACGAGGCCAUGUCCAAGAUUGUGGAGCUGGAGAAACAGCUGAUGCAACGGAACAAGGACCUUGAAACCCUCAGGGACGUCUACAAAGACGCCAGCUCACAGGUCCACUCUCUGCGGCUGGUGUUGAAGGAGAAGGACGAAGCCAUCCAGAGGCAGAGUAACCUGGAGAAGAAGAUCCACGAGCUGGAGAAACAGGGAACCAUCAAGAUCCACAAGAAGAAGGACGGAGACAUCUCCAUCCUGGCCUCGCCGCCAGGAGGAGUCGAAGGUGUUCCAGCAGGAGCUGUGAUUGGAGGAACAGUCGGACCUGUCAGUCCAAACCACCUUGGAGUUAUGACGGGCAUGUCUGCUCCUCCUCCUCCACCGCCUCCUCCUCCACUGCCAGUCAACGGCACACUGCCAAACGGACCUUCAGUGGUUAUCCCUCCAGCAGCUGUGGCUCCACCACCUCCUCCACCGCCCCCGCCUCCUCCUCCUCCUCCACCCCCUCCACCCCCAGGUCUAGCCUCUGAAAUCUCAGUUCCUCUGCCUCCACCUCCUCCACCUGGAGCUCCUCCACUGCCGGGCUGUGGGACACCCACUGUCAUCAUGAACUCCGGGCUGGCAGCUGUAAAGAUCAAGAAACCCAUCAAGACAAAAUUCCGAAUGCCCGUCUUCAACUGGGUUGCCCUCAAACCAAACCAGAUCAACGGGACUGUCUUUAACGACAUCGACGACGAGAGAAUCCUGGAGGAUCUGAAUGUGGACGAGUUUGAAGAAAUGUUCAAGACGAAAGCGCAGGGACAGUCCAUUGACCUGAGCAUGAGCAAGCAGAAGGUGAUUCAGAAGGGGCCCAAUAAGGUGUCCCUGCUGGACUCCAACAGAGCCAAGAACCUGGCCAUCACACUGAGGAAGGUGGGGAAGACGCCUGAGGAGAUCUGCAAGGGCAUUCAACUGUUCGACCUCAGGACUCUGCCUGUGGAUUUCGUGGAGUGCCUGAUGCGCUUCCAGCCCACGGAGAACGAGAUCAAGGUGCUGCGGCAGUUUGAAAAGGAGCGCAAGCCGCUGGAAAGCCUGACGGACGAGGAUCGCUUCAUGAUGCAGUUCAGUAAGAUCGAGAGGCUCAUGCAGAAGAUGACCAUCAUGACCUUCAUCGGAAACUUCAGCGAGAGCAUCCAGAUGCUCACGCCGCAACUCCAUGCAGUCAUCGCGGCCUCAGUGUCCAUCAAAUCUUCACAGAAGCUGAAGAAAAUUUUAGAAAUUAUUCUGGCACUUGGUAACUACAUGAACAGCAGCAAACGAGGAGCGGUGUAUGGAUUCAAGCUGCAGAGCUUAGACCUGCUGCUUGACACCAAGUCCACAGACCGAAAGCUAACACUGUUGCACUACAUCGCCAACGUGGUGAAGGAGAAAUACACGCAGGUUUCGCUCUUUUACAAUGAACUGCACUAUGUGGAGAAAGCCGCAGCAGUCUCGCUGGAGAACGUCCUCCUGGACGUGAAGGAGCUGCAGAGAGGAAUGGAGCUGACCAGGAGAGAGUACAGCAUGCACGGCCACAACACCAUGCUCAAGGACUUCAUCGCGCACAACGAGAGCAAACUGAAGAAGCUGCAGGACGAUGCUAAGAUUGCACAGGACGCCUUCGAUGAAGUGGUGAAGUUUUUCGGAGAGAACUGCAAAACCACACCACCAUCCGUCUUCUUCCCUGUGUUUGUGAGAUUUGUGAAAGCAUACAGGCAAGCAGAGGAGGACAACGAGCAGAGGAAGAGACAGGAGCAGCUGAUGAUGGAGAAGCUUCUGGAACAAGAGGCCAUGCUGCAGGAAAACCAGAAAUCUCCAUCUCAUAAAAACAAGCGGCAGCAGCAGGAGCUGAUCCAGGAGCUGAGGAAGAAACAGGUGAAGGACAGUCGUCAUGUGUAUGAAGGCAAAGACGGAGCCAUCGAGGAUAUUAUCACAGAUUUGAGGAAUCAGCCUUACAGGCGAGCGGACGCUGUGCGCAGGAGUGUCAGGAGACGUUUUGAUGAUCAGAACCUGCGGCCCGUGAACGGUGGCGAAGUUGUCAUGUGACGAGGGAGCAAUGCAAGUGCUGGGAGGGCAUGAGGGGAGACGAAAAGAGAGAGGAGGAUAAAAGAUGAGAGAGAGCGAAACGUCAAAGACAGAGAGAGAGAAAAAGAGAGAGAGAAAGAGAGAGAGAGAGCCUGGAAAUGGACACAAAGUGAAGGCUGAGAGAAAGAUGGACAAAUAUCGAAGCCCCCACACAGAUGAUCAUGUAUAUGUAUAUAUAAUACAUAAGAAUAACAUUUUACUCCACGUCUGUGAUGUUGUUGCAGCUUUUCACCAUGAAGGACUUUGAAGUGG